UUCUUUCCCCUCCCCCCUCCCCAAAGCCUCUAAAAGCAGAGCCUCGCACGAGAUGCUGCGCCGAAGUUGCACUUCAUCGAGGGCAGUUCAGUGACCUGCAGCGACUGCUAGCUGCCCCUCGUAGGCGCACCCAGAGUAUUUCCUUCACUAAUUCUUAACCGUCCAUUCUCUCCCUUCCGCCGUUCACCAUGACGGUCAACAGCGCCGAGGCCGUGGCCGGCCAGAACGACGCGCAGGAGAAGCUGGCUGCCCAGGCGUCCUCGCUUGAGAUAGCGCAGGACAAGCCGGAGCAGGACAAGCAGCAGCAGCAGUCCCAAGUUCCUCCCCACCGAUCGCACGAUCCUCAGUACAACCAGAAGAGAAGCGAUCCGUUUCAGUUCGGAUCCCGCUACCUGGGAGAGGAUGACGACGUCUUCGAGUUCAAUGCCUGGGAUCACGUCGAGACUGACGACGCAUACAAGGAGUAUGCGGAGCAGCAGUACGCAAUGCAGCGCCAGUCGCCAGUAUCCGAGUUUGACAAGAUGCGCUUCAACUCGGACCCUGCUAAGUGGUGGAACCUGUUCUACAAGAACAACACGGCCAACUUUUUCAAGGACCGGAAGUGGCUCCAGCAAGAGUUUCCCGUCCUGCACAAAGUGACGCGGGAGGACGCCGGGCCGGUGACGCUCCUGGAAAUCGGAGCCGGUGCCGGGAACACGGCCUUCCCCGUGCUGGCACAGAACAAGAACCCAAAGCUGAAGCUCCACGCAUGUGAUUUCUCCAAGAAAGCUGUUGAGGUCAUGCGCAAUCAUGAGUCGUACAACCCCGAGUUCAUGCAAGCUGACGUCUGGGACGUUGCUGGCGACGAGCUGCCGCCGGGCCUCGAAGAGGGCUCCGUGGACGUGGCAAUCAUGGUGUUCAUCUUCUCUGCGCUCUCCCCGCAGCAGUGGAAGAAGGCGGUAGAGAACGUCUACCGCGUGCUGAAGCCGGGCGGCGAGGUCUGCUUCCGCGACUAUGGAAGAGGGGAUCUCGCCCAGGUGCGCUUCAAGAAAGGGCGGUACCUGGAGGAGAACUUUUACAUCCGUGGCGACGGCACGCGCGUUUAUUUCUUUGAGAAGGACGAGCUCGAGAGGAUCUGGAGCGGAAAGCUCAGCGAGCCCGCCGAGGGCGAGGCCCAAGGUCUGCAGCCGAGCUUCGAGAUUGAGAACCUCGGGGUUGACCGCAGACUGCUCGUCAACCGUGCCAAGAAGCUCAAGAUGUAUCGGUGCUGGAUUCAGGGCCGAUUCAGGAAGAAAUAGACAAUUUUUGAUCUUGCCA